AUGGCGACAACUCCUCAACCCUUCCGAGUUGCCAUCCUUAUCAUCUCCGAUACGGCCUCGCGGGAUGCCUCCACAGAUAAAGUCAUUCCCACAUUGAUCCAAACAUUUUCUGAAUUUCCAGGCAAAUCAUGGAGCAUUCGCAAGAGUAAAAUUGUCCCGGACGACAUCGAGGCGAUUCAGGAGGUUGUGGCGAAAUGGGCGCAGGUCGGUGAGCAGGUAGACUUGAUCGUCACGAGUGGGGGGACCGGGUUUUCACAGAAGGAUGUUACUCCUGAGGCCGUUGGACCUUUAAUACAGAAACAUGCCUCAGGACUCGUCCAUUGCAUGCUGGCGUCUUCCAUGGCGAUCACUCCUUUCGCGGCGAUGGGAAGACCUGUUGCAGGAGUGCGCAAUAAUACAGUCAUUGUUACGUUUCCAGGUUCGCCGAAAGGUGCAAAAGAGAAUCUACAGGCGCUGUUGCCACUGCUACCACAUGCAUGUAAGCAGGCUAGCGGCGGGGAUUCACGAGCGCUUCAUGCUGGUGGAAUUGCAAAGCUUGAAAAGGAUGCUGGUCUAAGAAGCAAGUCCAUUACUCCUCCUGCAGAGGAGCGAGCAGCACAAGAGAGCAGUGGAAGUCUGAGAAGGAACUCAAACUCUCCACCUCGAGCUCAACAGCAGCCUCCGCAAGUAUCACACGGCUGUUCACAUAACCACGAUCACUCUCAUUCCAACAAUCACACUCAUGGUCAUCAAAUGCCCGUCGCAAGGACAGCACCUCAAGAUCGACCCGCAUUGUCAAAUGAUCCCACAGCUGGUCCGACGCGACGCUACCGAGAGUCACCAUACCCCAUGCUGUCCGUCGAAGAUGCACUGAAACAGAUUCACACACACACUCCCGCGCCCCAGAUCAUUCGAGCCAAGGUGGACGAAAAUCUCAUCAAUUACGUCCUCGCUGAAGACGUUGUAGCCGCCGAGAAUGUUCCGGCAUUUCGAGCUAGCAUCGUCGAUGGUUACGCCAUCAUCGCAUCAAAUCACGUUCUUGUCCCAAGCACCAAAGGUAUCUUUCCGGUGGUCAGCAUUUCCCACGCCAAACCCGGUCAGGUACCCGCAUUGACGACCGGCGAGGUCUCCCGAAUCACAACUGGCGCACCAUUACCUCCUGGCGCCACCGCUGUCGUUAUGGUCGAGGACACAAUCCUUCGAUCACGAACCCCCGACGGUAAAGAGGAACAUGAGAUUGAGAUUCUCACCGAUGCCACCGAACCCGGCGAGAACGUCCGCGAAAUCGGAAGUGAUGUCAAGGCUGGCGAUAUCAUCCUGCGGAAAGGCGAAGCCAUCACGGCGGAAGGUGGCGAGCUGGGAUUAUUGGCCUCAGUCGGCACGCGGGAAGUCCUGGUCUAUCGUAGGCCCAUCGUAGGUGUCUUGAGCACCGGCGAUGAAAUCAUCAACCACGAUCGACCAGGCGAAUUGCAAUUAGGCGAAGUGCGUGAUACGAAUCGUCCGACGCUCCUUACCCUCAUUCGCGCGUCAGGAUACGAGGCUGUAGAUCUCGGCAUUGCCUCAGAUCGACCCAACGCCCUCGAAGAAUCCCUUCGCUCCGCCCUACAGCAGGUCGACAUAAUCCUCACCUCCGGCGGUGUCUCUAUGGGCGAACUCGACCUGCUCAAACCCACCAUCGAGCGCUCCCUAAACGGAACGAUCCACUUCGGCCGCGUGUCCAUGAAACCCGGCAAACCCACAACCUUCGCAAGCAUCACCAUCAAAUCGCCUCUUCCAGACGGGGGCAGCGCUCCCCAAAAGAAACUCCUCUUCGCCCUCCCCGGCAACCCGGCCUCAGCGGCCGUGACAUUCCACCUCUUCGCCCUCCCCGCAUUACAUCAACUCUCAGGCCAGCAACCCGUGGGACUGCCCAAGAUCCGCGUCGUGCUCGAGCAGGAUGUGAGGCUUGAUGCGAAGAGGAAUGAGUACCAUCGUGUCGUCGUCACGGCGCAGAGUGAUGGGAAAUUACUUGCCAGGAGUACGGGUGGACAGAGAAGUUCGCGGAUCGGAAGUUUCCGCGGCGCGAAUGCUCUGCUGUGUUUACCUGCCAGGGAUGGUUUUCUGAGGAAGGGCGAGAUGGUGGAUGCGUUGAUGAUGGGGAGGAUGGGGAGUGAGGUUUUGUGA